GCCCUCAACUUUGGAAACGGUGCAGUGGACUCGUGUGUGCCCUCCGCCGCUCACAUUAUCACUUGGGAAAGAGAGAGAGAGGUAAAGACAGAGAGAGAGAGAGAACGAGGAAGAGAGGCUCGGGGCUGGAACUUGAAUCUGUGUCCUAUCUCCCUCGCCUUUUUCCUUUCCGGCGUAUCCGCCAUCGAGCGCAGGCUGUUCCGUCUUUUCCUCCCUGUGGUCCGGUGACUGGGGAAUCCACCUGCCGGAGAGCAGACACACCUCGUGAUGGAUGCCCUGAAAUCUGCCGGCAGAGCGAUUAUCAAGAGCCCGGGAGUUCCGCGGCACACAUGGGGAACUUCAAAACACGAAAAGCUGCCAGAGAACUGGACAGACACGAAGGAGACUCUGUUGGAGGGGAUGGUGUUCAACGUGAAGUACCUGGGUAUGACUCUGGUGGGCCAGCCUAAAGGAGAGGACAUGGCCUCUGCUGCCAUUCGCAGAAUUGUUGCCACGGCCAGAGCCGGUGCAAAGAAGUUUCGGAAAGUAACACUGACGGUCUCACCGAAAGGCAUCGUUAUCACAGACACAGAAACCACAGACCUCAUAGAGAAUGUCUCCAUUUACAGAAUCUCAUACUGCACAGCAGAUAAAACUCAGGAUAAGGUCUUUGCAUAUGUUUCACAGAGUCAGUUCAACGAGACUCUUGAGUGCCAUGCCUUUCUCUGCCAAAAGAAGAAAAUUGCUCAGGCUGUAACAUUAACAGUAGCCCAGGCCUUUAAAGUGGCCUUAGAUCUUUGGGAGAUUGCUCAGGAAGACAAAAGCAAGAAGGCCAGGACCUGCUGUACGUGCGCAGCAAGCAAUGGGCAGACGGAGGCAGCGGACGCUCAGUGUGUCCCAGCAGAUCCAGAGACACAUAAGCCCAGUGGGAUGGAGGAAAAGCUUCGGAGGCCCUUAUUCUCUGCUUCGCUCAGCUCGCCCUCACCUCGUAGUAACCCUACUCGAAGGCGACCAAUCAAACAUGACUCUUGGGAUGUGGAAGAUGGACUUGAGGAUGCAUUCUCAAGACUGGCCGAGUCCCGCUCCGAACCCAUCUCUGACAAUGCAGCUUUGAGUCUCCCGGAGGUCUCCACUGAGAAUCUGUUGCCUGUCUGCAACAAUGAGUUUAAAUAACAUACCGGCAAUAGCUGCCCGACGUACAGCACCACAGAAAUUAGACAAAAAGCAUACGCUCCAGUACCCAGGCUGACAAAAACAGCAUGCUUUACUCAAUCAGAAAGAAAAAAACAUAUCACCCUCCCCGGUGCACAAACUGAAUGAGAAAGCCUGUAUUUGAUAUUCAGUCACUGCUGCAGAGAAGCCAGAGUGAAUACCCUGAUAUCAUGAAAUGUUAUUUCUAUGAAUGCCUGCCUGUCAAAACCCACUUCUCUCAGUGUAAACAGCCAUCUCCUGCCAUCUUAAAAUUUGGUGCACACAGUGUGCAAUACACCACAGCGAAGAGAGCAAGGACCACAAAUUUGUACACAAUGCAAUUCACACAGGAUGAAGUUUGGAGUCUCCUCCUUUUAGUCAUAAUUUGUGAAACAUUUCCACAUGUGGUUUCCACUUGUAAAUUACAGUAAAGACUGCACAAACGUCACAGUC